ACCACACUCAUUCUCUCAUAUUGCUUUCCCGCCGUCACUGCCGGCAGCCGCGGUACCACCACUCGUCGCCGCACCGAAAUUUCCGCCGCCUCCGGCUCCGCCGUCCUCCUCCAAGCCAGUCCAUCUCAAACUGUCCCUCUCUCAAACUUAGCUAGCUGAGUAGUGAGCAUCCCUUCUUCCUCUUCAUUCCUUGACAGAGUUCAUGGCACUGUCUAACGCCACCCAACUCAGGAGCUUCAACUCCCUCACAACCACCCCUCAAAGAUUCACACACCCUUCUCCUCGUUCAUCCUUUGCUUCCUUCCCAUUUCCCUCUCUCACAAGCUGCGCCUGCAAAGCCAGCAUCCCCACCCACCACAACAUGCUGGGUUCCGCAGCUCGUUCUUCUGAUUUUGAGCUUUCUGGUUUGACAGCUUUGUCACCAUUGGAUGGCCGCUAUUGGGCUUUUACAAAGGAAUUGGCUCCUUUUAUGAGUGAAUAUGGACUCAUAUACUAUAGGGUCUUUGUUGAGAUAAAAUGGUUGCUGCAGCUGUCGCGAAUUCCUGAAAUUGUUGAGGUUCCCAGUUUCAGUGAAGGUGCUGAAUCUUACUUACAAGGCCUGAUUGAUGACUUCAGUAUUGAUGAUGCCUUGGAGGUUAAAAACAUUGAGAAGGUGACAAACCAUGAUGUUAAAGCUGUGGAGUACUUCUUGAAGCAGAAGUGCCAAUCAAAUGCUGAAGUUGCUAAGGUGCUUGAGUUUUUUCACUUUGCUUGUACAUCCGAGGAUAUAAAUAACAUUGCCCAUGCAUUGAUGCUGAAAGAAGCAAUGAAUUCUGUCAUGUUUCCUGCCAUGGAUAAAAUAAUCAAAGCUUUGUGUACUAUGGCUAAAGAUAAUGCUCAUAUCCCGAUGCUUUCUCGCACUCAUGGACAGCCAGCUUCGCCAACAACUUUGGGGAAGGAAAUGGCUAUAUUUGCUGUGAGAUUAAGCAGAGAAAGGAAAGAACUAUCUCAGGUUGAGAUAUUUGGGAAAUUUGCUGGUGCAGUUGGAAACUACAAUGCACAUGUUGUUGCGUAUCCUGAUGUUAACUGGCCUCGCAUUGCGGAAGAGUUUGUACAUUCUCUUGGAUUAAGUUUUAAUCCUUAUGUCGCUCAGAUUGAAACUCAUGACUAUAUGGCCAAGCUUUUUCAUUCAUUCAUCCAAUUCAACAAUAUAUUAAUGGACUUUGAUAGAGACAUGUGGGGCUAUAUAUCUUUGGGUUACUUUAAGCAGACCACUAAGGCUGGGGAGAUUGGCUCCUCAACUAUGCCUCACAAGGUAAAUCCUAUUGAUUUUGAGAACAGCGAAGGUAAUAUAGGGGUGGCUAAUGGAGGAUUUUCCCAUCUAAGCAUGAAGUUGCCCAUUUCACGUUGGCAGAGAGACUUGACUGAUUCUACUGUCUUAAGGAACAUGGGUGUGGGUAUAGGUCAUUCUCUGCUUGCCUACAAAAGCGCACUUCGUGGAAUUGGAAAGCUUCAGGUUAAUGAAGCUCGCUUGAGUGAAGACUUGAACCAAUGCUGGGAGGUGCUUGCUGAACCAAUACAGACGGUUAUGCGAAGAUAUGGUGUUCCGGAACCUUAUGAGAAGUUAAAAGAGCUAACAAGAGGGAGAGCAGUUACAAGAGAGAGCAUAAGAGACUUCAUUGAAGGCUUAGAUAUUCCAGAAGAAUCAAAACUGAAUCUGUUGAAGUUGACACCAGGUACUUAUGUUGGAGCAGCUGUUGAAUUGGCCAGAACUGUGGAAAACGCAGUGAACAAUAUCAUCAAUGGAAUCUAGAUAUUUGAGAAGAGUGCUUGAAACAGUUUUCUCCAGAUAAUGAGACUGCUGCUAAGGCAAUUUUGUGACGGAUCCUCACCAUUAAUGACCAUUAGUCAAUUUAUAAUUUUUAUUUUAAAAUAAAAUACUUCAUUUGGGAAGGAGAAAAAGGACAUCUUCCCUGAUUUUGACAAAGUUUAGUGUAGAAUGAUGUUAAGGAUCUUGUAACUCUAGACAAAUUGUAUUGUAUUUUAGAGUUCGAUGUGUCACACCUGAAUAAGAAAAUGGUCUUGCAAUCUUGUUUUUUAGAGUUUGAUGGGUCAAAUUCUGACCACGUGUAUUCUGCAUUCUACACCUCAUUUUAUGUUGUGGAUAUCACACCAUUGCGUCCAAAGUAAGAGAUAAUUUAUGAAA